AUGGCGCCAGCUUGUCAAAAUGGACAUGAUAGCACGGUACAACUGUUACUGAACAACGGUGCCGACAUCAAUUUAUGUGAGAAGAAUGGAGCCAGUCCUCUUUAUGUAGCUUGUCAAAAUGGACAUGAUAGCACGGUACAACGGUUACUGAACAACGGUGCCGACAUCAUUUUAUCUGAGAAGAAUGGAGUCAGUCCUCUUAACAUAGCUUGUCAUAUUGGACAUGAUAGCACGGUACAACUGUUACUGAACAACGGUGCCGACAUCAAUUUAUGUAUAAAUGAUGGAGCCAGUCCUCUUUAUAUAGCUUGUCAAAAUGAACAUGAUAGCACGGUACAACUGUUACUGAACAACGGUGCCGACAUCAAUUUAUGUGAUAACGAUGGAUUCAGUCCUCUUGAUAUAGCUUGUCAAAAUUGACAUGAUAGCACUGUAAAACUGUUACUGAACUACGGUGCUGACAUCAAUUUAUGUACCAAGAAUGGAGCCAGUCCUCUUUAUAUAGCUUGUCAAAAUGGACAUGAUAGCACGGUACAACUGUUACUGAACAACGGUGCCGACAUCAAUUUAUGUAAGAAGAAUGGAGUCAGUCCUCUUUAUAUAGCUUGUCAAAAUGGACAUGAUAGCACGGUACAACUGUUACUGAACAACGGUGCCGACAUCAAUUUAUGUGAGAAGAAUGGAGUCAGUCCUCUUAAUAUAGCUUGUCAUAAUGGACAUGAUAGCACGGUACAACUGUUACUGAACAACGGUGCCGACAUCAAUUUAUGUGAGAAGAAUGGAGCCAGUCCUCUUUAUAUAGCUUGUCAAAAUGGACAUGAUAGCACGGUACAACUGUUACUGAACAACUGUGCCGACAUCAAUUUAUGUAGCACGAAUGGAGCCAGUCCUCUUUAUAUAGCUUGUCGAAAUGGACAUGAUAGCACGGUACAACUGUUACUGAACAACGGUGCCGACAUCAAUUUAUGUGAAAAGAAUGGAGCCAGUCCUCUUUAUAUAGCUUGUCAAAAUGGACAUGAUAGCACGGUACAACUGUUACUGAACAACGGUGCCGACAUCAAUGUAUGUAAUACGAAUGGGGCCAGUCCUCUUUAUAUAGCUUGUCAAAAUGGACAUGAUAGCACGGUACAACUGUUACUGAACAACGGUGCCGACAUCAAUUUAUGUAAGAAGAAUGGUAACAGUCCUCUUUGGAUAGCUUGUGAAAAUGGACAUCAUAGCACGGUACAACUGUUACUGAACAACGGUGCCGACAUCAAUUUAUGUGAGAAUGAGGGAUUCAGUCCUCUUAGGAUAGCUUGUCAAAAUGGACAUGAUAGCACGGUACAACUCACGGUAUAACUGUUACUGAACAACGGUGCCGACAUCAAUUUAUGUGAUAACGAUGGAUUCAGUCCUCUUUAUAUAGCUUGUCAAAAUGGACAUGAUAGCACGGUACAACUGUUACUGAACAACGGUGCUGACAUCAAUUUAUGUGAUAAGAAUGGAUACAGUCCUCUUUAUAUAGCUUGUCAAAAUGGACAUGAUAGCACGGUACAACUGUUACUGAACAACGGUGCCGACAUCAAUUUAUGUAAGAAGAAUGGAGCCAGUCCUCUUUAUAUAGCUUGUCAAAAUGGACAUGAUAGCACGGUACAACUGUUACUGAACAACGGUGCCGACAUCAAUUUAUGUGAGAAGAAUGGAGUCAGUCCUCUUAAUAUAGCUUGUCAAAAUGGACAUGAUAGCACGGUACAACUGUUACUGAACAACGGUGCCGACAUCAAUUUAUGUGAUAACGAUGGAUUCAGUCCUCUUUAUAUAGCUUGUCAAAAUGGACAUGAUAGCACGGUACAACUGUUACUGAACAACGGUGCCGACAUCAAUUUAUGUGAUAACGAUGGAUUCAGUCCUCUUUAUAUAGCUUGUCAAAAUGGACAUGAUAGCACGGUACAACUUUUACUGAACAACGGUGCUGACAUCAGUUUAUGUAACACGAAUGGAGCCAGUCCUCUUUAUAUAGCUUGUCAUGAUGGACAUGAUAACACGGUACAACUGUUACUGAACAAUGGUGCCGACAUCAAUUUAUGUACAAGAAUGGAGCCAGUCCUCUUUAUAUAGCUUGUCAAAAUGGACAUGAUAGCACGGUACAACUGUUACUGAACAACGGUGCUGACAUCAAUUUAUGUGAGAUGAAUGGAGUCAGUCCUCUUAAUAUAGCUUGUCAUAAUGGACAUGAUAGCACGGUACAACUGUUACUGAACAAUGGAGCUGACAUCAAUUUAUAUGAUAAUGAGGGAUUCAGUCCUCUUCACAUAGCGUGUUUUAAGGGACAUGAUAGAACUGUACGACUGUUAAUGAACAACGGUGCCGACAUCAAUUUACGUAGUAAGAAUGGAGCCAGUCCUCUUUUUAUAGCUUGUCAAAAUGGACAUGAUAGCACGGUUCAAUUGCUACUAAAAAGCGGUGCCGAUAUCAAUUUAUGUUAUGGUGAUGGAUUCAGUCAAAAAGAUUUGAUAACACGGCAUAAUUGUUACUGAACGACGGUGCUGACAUCAAUUUAUGUGAAAAAAAAAUUGAGCCAGUUCUCUUUAAAUAGCUUAUCAAAAUGGACAUGAUAGAACGGCACAACUGUUAUUGAACAGCGGUGUUGACAUUAAUUUAUGUGUAAAAGAUGGAAAUAGUUCUCUUUGGAUAGCUUGUGAAAACUCACAUUGCAGCACAAUCGAACUUCUAUUUAAUUCAGGUGCUGAUGUAAAUUUAUGCAAUAAAGGCAACGGCUGUCCGAUGUCCCUAGCAGGUUUCAAUGGUCAUGACAGCAUGGUUAUUUUUUUUUGUUGAACAACGGGGCAGACAUCAAUUUUUGUGACAAGGAGGGAACCAGUCCUCUCUACAUAGCCUUUGAAAAUGGACAGUACAGCACGGUCGAAGUGUCAUUAUAAAGUAAUGAUACUUGCGUUAACUUAUGCAAUAAAUACAAUAAGAGUCCAUAACACAGUUAUAUGGUCAGGACAGUAUCGUUGAACUCUUACUACAAUGUGAUGCUGGGUUUUUAUUCUGACAAUGGAUUCAGUGGUUUCUCAGUACCACGUGCGUUCACAUUAUUUCUGAAAUAUGGAAUGAAAGUAAAGUUUAGCUUUGAAUAUAGCUGGCAAAAAUGAGCGGGAUAGUAUCAUAUAGAAUUUAAAGCAUUUAUGAAAAAAAUACAUAAAAAGAAGAAAGCACUUGCUGUUUCCUUCAGUUCAACAUUCAGAUAUAUCGACGAUGUAUUAUCAAUUAUCACUAUUUUACGGAUUCUCAAUUUAUAGUACCAAAUCGACUUUGGGAAAUGUCAAAAAAAUUUGUGAACUGAAUCUGACACGAUAUAUGUCAUUUGAAACUUGAAAGAGUAUAGUUAUUAAAAAUCACAAAUUCAUUUACAUACAUCAUACUAUGUUUUGUUGAC